UGGCUUAAACACUGUUGGUAACUGUUCUGUUUGCACAAGUGGCAAGUGAAACGGCUAGGAAACGCGUCGGGCAACAGCAGGGCUUUGGAGCAAAUAUUUGACGCCAUGUGCGGCAACAUCGACGUCUGUUGUUUUGACUGAUAACCAAUGCAAACGGAGUCGUCGCUGCUGGUGCUGCUUAUGCUCCUCCUCCUCCUUCAGCUACGCACAGCCAACGGCAAGGCCGGCAAUAACGAGGCGGGGAAUGCACGUAUUCUUGGCGGCACACCGGUGGAUAUUAGCGCAGUGCCCUAUUUAGUCAAUUUGCGCAUAGGUGGCAACUUCAUUUGUGGCGGCUCACUGAUCACGCCCACCCAUGUCGUGACGGCCGCACAUUGUGUGAAGGGUGUGUCUGCCAGCCGAUUGCAGGUGGUUGGUGGUGCCACACGGCUAACGGAUGCCACUGCCGGUGUGCGACGCAAUGUGGCAAAGGUAUAUACACCCAAGGCCUACAAUAUACGCACCCUGCACUCGGACGUGGCUGUGCUGAAGUUGCAGUCGCCGCUAGUCGGUGCGAAUAUUGAGACGAUUGCGCUGUGCAACUCCAGCUGGGAGGCAGGCAAUCUGAUUAGGGUCUCCGGCUGGGGCAAGACAGCAGAGAAAAGCAAUCGUGUCUCACAGCAAGUGCGUAGCGUUGAGGUGGCGCUAAUUACUCGCAAGAGCUGCAUGGAUCAGUAUAAGCUGCGUGGAACGAUUGGCACCACCAUGUUCUGUGCCGCCGGUCCGGGUGUCAAGGAUGCCUGCGAGGGCGACUCGGGUGGACCGGCUGUCUAUCAAAAUCAACUGUGCGGCAUUGUCUCUUGGGGAUUGGGUUGUGGCCGGCGCAAUUAUCCUGGUGUCUAUACAAGUGUCAAGACCGUGAGAAGUUUUAUCGAUAAAGCUUUAGCCUUGUAGAAAAAUAAAGGUAUUGGAAUUCUUAAUAAGGAAAUGAACGAAAUAAUUUGGAAUGCUAGCGAUACAGAAACCUCUUUAGAUCAAAAUUAAAGCUGCAGACUAAAAGAAGUAGUAGAAGUACUUAACAAGAAUUUUGAUGGGAAUCUUAGCAAUAAUAUAGCAAAACGAGUCCUUACCCAUAAGCAUAGCUGAUUCAAAUAUAACCGUCAUAAUGUUAACUAAUCAAUGUUGUAUUUGCAUGUGUGACCAUUCACCUAAUAUGUUAAGCAACAGUGUUAAUCGAUAUUAAGAAGUGUGCCCAGCAGCGCUGCUGAUCGAGUGCUAAGAAAACAUCGAGCAGAAUUGGCGCCACUUUUGAAACAACGAUCAA